CGGGUGAUGACGCACUACUAACACUUUGCUGUAGUGUAGUGGUUGUGAAUGGGGCAAUCUAAAAAUGGCGGAACAGGUACAAGCACGUGUUGAAAAGGCUAUCAGUGAUUGUGUCACGGAACUUGAUACUCAGUAUAUUAGGAAAAUGCAGGGUGAUAUGUACCGGUGCAGUGCAAGAUGUUGUGAUAAUACUUCAAGCAAUAUGGAAGAAGCUCAGCGUUGUAUAGAACGUUGUUCGCAGCCAUUACAACGAGCACAAAACACAAUCCAGACUGAGCUUCAGGAUUACCAGGAAAGACUACAGCGAUGUGCAGUACAGUGCCAAGAUGAUGUUAAAGAUAGGUUAUCACCGGGAGCCAGCUCACAGCAAAUAGAUGCCUUGCGAGGAGAAAUGGAAAGUUGUCUUGUCAAGUGCGGAGAUAAACAUAUAGCAAUACUACCAGCAAUGAUGAAAAGGAUGAAAUCUACUUUAUCACAAUAUCAAUAGAAGUUAUAUAAUACAGUAGAACCCCGUUCUUUAGGGCACCCAUAUUAAGGGGACACCACUAUUAAGGGGAGGACUCUAUUAAGGGGACACUCCUACUAAGAACCGAAAGGUCCACUGAUUAAUCUCAGA